CGGUUAUGGCUGUCAAAAACUAAGCAUUUGCCGAAAGUUUCACUUUCAAAUGUACCGAAAUUGCAUCUUUGUUUCAACCAAGAGUUGACGUAUAGUGUAAUCUUAAGAAUCUAAAAAACCAGUGAAAAUGUUGCCGGGUGCAGGCAUUAUCCAGAUGACUGGGGAAAUGCUUACUUCUCCGGAAGUCAGCAACAUCUGCGAAUCUUUAGAAAACAGCGGCAUACGAUUCUUUUCUCUGCGUGACUGUAAAGUAGGUGACAAGGAAUGCAAACGGCUAAUGAAGGCUGUUGGUCAGUGUAAAUCAGUCCUACAGCUAAAUCUUAGUCUUGGACUUGUAAAUGACAGUUUCAGGGUGGAGCUGGUUGCACAAGCCCUUACCCGAAAUCGAUCUUUACGUGUUCUGUCGUUGCAUGGAAACAAACUUGGUAAUGAAGGAGUGAAAGUAAUAUGCCAGGCUUUGGCUCAACAUCCGCACAUUACAUCUCUUGACCUGGGAGACUGUGCCUUUGGGGAUGAUGGACUAGAGGCUGUUUGUGAUCUGUUGCCACCUGAUGGAGCGAAGUCAGGCCUUCAGGAUCUAACUCUCAGUGCUAAUACAGACAUCACUGCAAGAGGUUGGGCCAAGUUCAGUAUGGCCAUUGGAGCCAACAGCAUGCUGAAGGCUCUGUACUUAGAUUACAACACUCUGGGAGAUUAUGGUGCAGGGUGCCUGGCUGUGUCAUUAGCUGCUAACCGUAAGAUAGAAAUGCUGGACCUGGAGGGAACUGGGCUAACGGAACAUUCUGCUAAGUUGUUCCUACACCUGGUUAAGAGUUAUCCCCUGAGGUUAAAACGCCUUGUGCUAAGUGAGAAUCGUGUUCAUAAGAGUACAGUGGAGGCCAUUAGGACUUGUUUGCAGGACUUUGCAGAAAAUGAUAAUGAUAUCACCAGUGAGGCCGAGGAAACCAGUCAAUCAGGCAAAGUCACAGAGGUCAGACUGCGGACAGUGGACAGGUCAUCCAGAAAUGAUGUAGACAAAGCCCAGUUGUUGGAAAAUUUGGGACAGCUAAUGAACACACCUGAGCGAAAACCAGGUAAACACAGAAAUAAAAGUUCAAAUGUGGGUAAGGAUGAUGAUAUUACACGCGCAAAAUACUCUGCUGAGUAUAGUUCACCUAAGAUCUCCAAACACCCUCCUCAGGAGUCUCAAAGAAGAGUGGGGGAAGACACUCAGCGUAACCCUCUAACAGAGACAGAGGAGUGGGGAGACGAGUUGACUGAGGUGCCCUUAUGACAACUAGCCUCAUCAGUACCUUCCGAUCAUAGUUGGGUGUCCUUCAAAAAACAAUGACGUGACAAAGAUGAAGAGUUUUAAACAUUCAUUGCACAAUAUUUCCGUCCAUUUCUGGCACCCUGUGAAGGUGGUGGUGAUUGAUAACUUUGACAAAGUAUUUUCAAGUCUGUUGAUUAAAUUAUUUCAUGUAUUGGAUGGCUUUGUUAUCAAGGAAGAGUGCAUAAUGUUAAACUUAUGGAUUUAUUACAUAUGUGUUAGAAAAAAAUCACAUAACUUUUGAUGAACUUUACUUACAUGUAAAUGUAUGUUAAAUGAUAUAUAUUUUUUUUUGGCCUCGCUCUACAUGGUUAAAUUUAACUCUACACAAUUGCACGCAUAGCUUUGUAGAUGUCUACAGGUAUCUUAUCUACCUGCAUAUAUUUAUCUACACUGAAAUAAA